GACAGCGCAAUUUUUAAUGUCUGCGGUUUGGCGUGUAGCCGCGACCCAUCCGAAAAAGCUUGUAGCUGGGACACUAUGUUUAGUCUAUUGUUAUAACUUUACGGGAGAAAAAUAUCGAGACUACGUUUUGCACCGAGAAAUAUGCUCCCAUGUAUCUUCAGAAAAUUACAAGACCGUUAAUAGCACACAACCUCUACGCAGCCUGACUGUGUUUGUAAAUCCAUUCUCGCGUCGUGGAGGACUUUUAAAAGAGUUUGAAAACAAUGCUGCUCCUAUUUUAAACCUAUCUGGUCUUGACGUUAAAAUGGUUUAUCUGGACACCGAUUCUGAAAUAAAGGACUUCAUAAAAGUGCUAGAUCCGAGCAGUACUGACGGUGUUUUAGUUGUUGGAGACGACAAUUUGAUCCAAAAAGCAGUUACAAGUUUGUUAUCCCGGGACGAUUUUAAAACUACUCCUUUGUGGUCAUUGCCAGUCGGAGCGGUGCCCGUAGGUAUUUGGAAUGGGCUUAUAAACUCUAUCUGUGAAAAAACAGUUGUCCCUAAAUGGUUUUACAACGCUUUACAUUCUGUCCUACAACAGAAUACUAAAAGGAGAAAUGUUUUGGAAGUAAAAGUUAUUUCAGACGAUAGUCAACCAAUUGAACAAUCAAAGGCGUCAUCUGCGAAUACUUAUUCUUUAUUAGGUAUUGAAUGGAAUAUUUGGAGAGAUAUAGAACUUGGUGGGGGUUGUGGUGUUAGUGAUAGGCAUAAAAAGCCAACAAAUCCUAACGAUCACCGUGGUGUACUCACAACACUUUCAGUUUCGUCUCCUAGAUCUUGGAGUCGUAAUUUUGGUGCAUUGUGGAGAUCUACUUGGUAUUGGCUUCGAUCAUCUGAAAACAAUGCUCAAAUAUAUCCUCAUAGUGAUUCUAAAACUUCAUUGAAUUUUUUCGCAGAUUCUCCAGUCACUAUAUCUGAAAAAAAGCUGGAAAAAAGUCGUGUGAAAUUCGCUCGCCUUAUUUAUACUCCAAUUUGUACAGGAUGUUCGAAAUGUUGGGAGAAGAAGUUAAUGAGUUAUAAAGAAUCUGGUCUCGAAGUAAAUACAAAGAAAUCAUCAUCUCUAUUAGGAAGAAUAUUUGGAUUCUCACUAAGCAGUAAUAAUAACAAAUCAAAUAUUGAUGAAGUGAAAAGUAUAGAAAUUCAACAAGAAAUCAAAGCUAAGAGUUCCAUAGAUAAUCCUGCAUGUGGAGAACUAAAGGAAUUAAUCGUUGAAAAGGCUUCUGGAUUCACAAUCACUCCGGAAGGAGUAAGUCUGUGUAUGGCAGUAAAUUUAUGAGUUUUAUUGUUAUAAAAACAGAUUUUUACCAGUUUCAUUAUUAUUCAGUGACUUGAAUAGCUGUAAAUGAUAAUUGUUCUUUAUUGAUUUUUUUACCAUCCUAUUUGUAAAAUGGAUAUCAAAUCAAUCUGUAUCUGUGUCGGAACACUAGUCAUUGGUUAAUGAGGUAGUGUAUCUUCAUCAAUUGAAGUGAUUACAACAUGUAUGCCCAACGACUGCCUGUCUCGACGGGCAAUGUUGUCUGGUGUAGUAGGCUGAAAGAAAGCUGGGGGAGACCAAACCAGAACGUGUUAUCAGUCCAUAAAGUCAUUAACCCGUUGCAUUGAGCCGUGUAGGUAGGUGCAUAUUAUCUGGUUGAAGUCGGGGUGAGUGUCGAAACCAAUGGUUACAGACUGUGUGAUAUGGCUCCGACUCGUGCUCAGUGGCACAGGUUCAUACACUUUAUUUUCUCUAAAUCCUAUACCUUUUUGUUUCUUUUCAACACCUAAUCUUUUUGGUUACUAUUGAUAUUGUCAAUACUUCUACGAUGCUGAUAUUUGUCUUAAUAAUUCUAUCUCUGUGUGAUUAUGUUAUAUGGCAACUUGAACUGACACACAUGUGUCAGGUUCUAUGUUAUAUGUGACUAACUGACUGGAGCAUUAGCCUCAGUUAUACACAAGAGACCGCCUCACCAAUCCAACUAAACGUUAUGGGGGUAGUAGAUUGGAGUAUGUAGUCAAACAUUAUUAACAAGUCAUUGUGAUCAGGACUUGUUUCUUUGGUAUAUUUCAACAAGGAAGACAUCAUGGAGUAUUAGUGAGGAAUUCAUGUAGUAUGUUUAGUUAUGCAUAAACUUAUAUGCUAUGUUAAACUUGUCACCUUUGGUAAUCAAUCCAAUUUCGAGAUAAUCUAAUCUGUUAACCGAAUUUAGUCACUCAAAUUAAUGGUGUUUUUUGAAUGAAGUCAAUCAGCUGUAUGGUGACAUUUGUUGAUGUAUGAUUGAAAGCAUCUGGCAGGUUAUUUUAAAUGAAAAUAUCGUUUUUGCCGGCAAUCGCCACCUAGGUUUAUUUUCGAUCAUUAGUAAACUAAUGUUUCAUGUCUUGUUAAUACAUAUUACCGAUAAUUCCUUACAAGCAUGAAAUCCUGCUCACGAUUUCCUAUUGAUCGCCUCUAACCAUUCUACACAAUUCUUUCUUACCUGCCUAAGUAUUCAGUGUAUGUCCUCUAGCAGUAGUUCAAAUUCACUGGGAAUUUCUUACGGAGAAGACAAUAAAACAGAAAUCAGGAUCUUGUUGUUACUUGUAUUAUCUAUCGACUUCCAUUUAUUAGUCUGUAUGCAAUUAUUUCUUAUGUUUGAGCGUUAGAUUAUCUCAUUUACUAGGCCCAGGUUAGUGUAGUUACCUUCAAGCCACGUGCUGAAUGUGAAAGCUAACUAUACUAACCAGUUGUCUAAAUUGAUGCAGUUGGACCAGGGUUAUAAAUCAUUCUCUUAGUCUAAUAUUAAAUAAAACUGAUCAUCCAAACCUCAUUAGAUGGAGCAAGGUUCGAAACCGUAUUUCAUUUGUUGAAAUUGUUUUGACCUGAAUAAAUAAAUCACGUCCUUACCAAUGCCUGUAUUUCAUGUUUUAAUGAAUACCACACCAUAACCAAUCCUUAUAUCGAUUAUUCUGUUUAGUAACUCAUACUAGGAGUGGUGAUGAAAAAUAAUAAGUGGACGUUAUUUAAUAAAUUAUUGUAUGGAUAAUCGUAAAUCAAAACCUGUAUUCAGUCACUCAGUAACAACGUAGAACUUCGUGCGUACGUACAUCAGUUUGAGUUGCCAUACCACAUUAGCACACAGAUACGAUUGUCCAUUCAAACCCCAUGGUGGUAGAGGUAGUAAAAGUGUAAGCAGUAAUCGGAAAGAUUAUGGUUUGGAGAUGUUAUUCAAGGAGUAUAAUUCAGUGAAAUAAAUUUGAAGAGAGAAAAAAAGAGACAUGAAUAAUUCAGAAGAUUAGAAUUUGGGAGUACACAAAGAGUGGAUGCACCUGCGCUGUUGCAAACGAUUUUGUCAUUCAAGGUCUCUAACCAUAGGUUGCUAUCGUCUCGCGGAUCCCAACUAGUUAGUCUACACCUACCAACACAACUCAGUCCACUUGUCAGUGACUUCAUGGAUUUGUGCCAUGUGUUGGCCUGACUGCCUCUAGCUUCUUUCCAACCUACUCUUACACCAUAAAACAUCGCACCUCGAGGCAGUUGGUGGUUGGGCAUACGUAACACAUGUCCCAGCCAUCUCAACUGAUCAAGUUUUACUACGUCAUCAAUCUAUUUGUCAUCUUACGUGGUACUCAUUUCCUACCAACUGCGUUACUUACUCGGUGGUCCCAGGAUAUACGAGCAAUGCUUCGAAGAGACCUAUGAUCGAAUAUUAGUAACCUACGGAUAUCCUCUACUGUUACUGGCCAUGUUUCACUGCUAUAAAGUAGGAUGGAACUAACUGCUGUGCAGUAAACACGUUCUUUGAUUGGUAGACGGAUAUCUCGUCUACUCUAUAAAUGACUCAAGUUGUCAAAAGCUAUUCGAGCCCUCUGUAUCCGUGCUGAGAUUUAAUCACACACCAGACCACAAAGACUGAUGAGACUUGCAAGAUAAGUGAAGCGGUUGACAAGUUCAAUUACUUCACUCCCUAUCAUUAGUUCGGGUGUCGAUGCAACCCAAUCCUGAAGCAAAAUUGUGCAUUUCGAGAGAGAAAAUCGCAUGCUGAACAUGCUUGCAUUGUUUCAUAUAGUGAUCAGAAGACUGGAUUUUGUCAGCGUCUUCACCAAAUAGAACUAUGUCAUCGGCAUAUUCUAGGUCAAAAAGUGAGUCUUGCGGUAAAAGUGCAACUUGAGCAUUAAAGUCACCAGCCACUAUUACUACAUCAGAGCGCCUAACACUUUGGAGGAGGUCAGAAAGCUUUCUGUAAAACUAAUCUUUUACCUCAUCUGUGCUACAGUUAGUAGGAGAGUAAGCGGGGACGACGAAGAGGCAACGACGAUUGUUCCUAUCUUUCCGGGUUUAGUAGAACGUGGUUUCAGGAGACCGAGAAUAACAUUUCGCGCACUCGAAUCGUUUGCAUUAGCGGCGCGAGGUGAUAAAGGAACGUGGGGAGGGUCAGUCGUAGAGAUAAGAAAGUUAUUAGGAGGUGAAAAUAUGUGUGUUACAAGUGAAUAAGUGAUUUAAUUAAUUAAAUUAGAUAAUCAAUGGUCCGUUUCACGUUUAAAUACACACUUGGUAGUUUUGUGUAAUCCAUUUAAAUAUGUACCAAUAAAAGUGUAUAUGUCUUUAGGAUCACAUUCGUUUGGAUAUUUUGCGUUGUUCCACCAGCUAUUGGGAUCAUAUACAACAAUUUCGUUCAUGGCUCCUUUCUCAACCGUAUUCAUUUAAAUCUGGUAGUCAGGUAAUAUUGUGUGAUAAAUUGCGUUUGUUUCCUGGUCAAACCGAGGUGAGCUUUUUUCGCUUCUCUAUUAUCAAACUGUUAUCAAGCUAAACCAUAUCUUUAUUUUGUUUCAUGAAUGUUGGUUUACAAUGUUUAUUUGUUCAUUCGUUUGAACAAUAGGAACCUUGUGCCGAAAUUUCAGUGUUUUUGUUGAUUAAGAGACAAGCGGAGAUUAUAUACUGGUGAAUAUUUCUUAGUGAUUUAAUUCUAGUAAUAGAGUUGCGAAAGUUAUGAAAAAUCAAGGCAUCAAAUUAGUCCGAGUUGUUGAUUAUCUAAAUUUCUAAACUGACGAACGAAUUAAUUUAGCCUCUAAAAUUUUAAAAACGAGGUUUUUUAAUUGUUCGACUCAAAUGAAACACAAUCGAAUGAUAAUUUGGUAAUUGUUAAAAACUUGUAUCUUAUUGUUCCGUUUGUUUAAAUAUCUAAAUUUUUCAAACUCAACUGUUGGCAUCUAACAUGUAAUUUGAUGAAGGUCCGACAUUUACAUGUUUUUCGUUAUCACCUCUUAUAACUAACGUGGUCUCGGAUACUGUGACUUUUUCUAUGUAUCGAUUUGUGUAGUCAUUAUCAGUGGUUUUUUGUACUUAUUUCUAUCUUUACUUAUAUAGUUUAUUGGGGUUUUUUCUGUUAAUUCGUUUGUUCACUUUAAAUUCUUUCUCUGCUACUCAAAAUUUAUAUGUACAUAUAUGUUCAUUGUUAUAGAACGAGUUUUAUUGGAUUGACAACGACUACUUUGAGGCCCACCCGAUUGAAGUGAAUUUGCGCCGCAACGCUAUCAAUCUUUUCAUGUAAUUUAAUACUUUCACUUAAAUAAACUAGAUCGGUUUUCCUAUUUUAAUGUAU